AUGACAUUGACGGGAGAAAACGAUGGAAAAUCUGGUCCUACCGUCAUUCUAAAUCCCGUCGAUAAUCAAAAUCCCAUCGUUAAUCAAAACCCAACCGGCAAUCAAAUGGCCAUUUCGGGACUUUCUGUAGCUGCGAGAAUGCCUCAGUUUUGGCGCGACAGACCAUCUCUCUGGUUUGCUCAACUGGAGACCAUUCUUUCGGCAUCCAGGCCGAAUGACGACACAAAGUUCCAGUAUGUCAUUGCCAAUCUCGAUCGAAGGGAUCUCGAACAAAUUUCAGACAUUCUUCUGACUCCGCCAGCUGCCAACAAAUACGCGAAGGUGAAAGAAAGGCUCAUCAAAGUGUAUGAAGAAAAUGAGGAACAACGAAUGCAACGCCUCAUUGAAGGCCUCGACUUGGGCGACUCACAGCCCUCACAGCUCCUUCGGCGCAUUCGUGACCUCUCCGGCUCUUCAGGCACCCCAGACACGGUCAUCAAAGUCAUGUGGUUAUCUCGUUUGCCUUCGCAUGUAAGGGCGAUACUCUCAUCCGUCACAGCUGAGCUCAACUCCCUGGCUGAGGUGGCCGAUAAAAUCAUGAGCCACUCUUCUUCACCUAAGUCAAUUGCCGCGCUGCCACCACCAGCUUCACCAGCCUCCAGAGCUUCUGGUAGUGAUAAUAUGAAAGGCAUCCUACAGAGGUUAAGUUCGAUAGAGAAGCAACUCAAUCAACAAACUAAAGCUACUCAGCAGUCAUCAUCAAGCAGUCGUCAAAAAACAGAAGGCCGUCGUCGUACCACUACUGAUGGUCACUGUUGGUUAUCAAAGUUUUAUUAUUAA